GUGUAACGGAGUGCAAGGGAGUGCGGUAUAAGUGUAUGAGACGUAGAUAAAAAAAUAAUGUUGGAAUUACCAUAUCAAACGGUAUGGUUGAAUUCCUGGAAAGAGUUGAUACAGACGACGACGUUGUGGCAUUAGUUUACCUUGUCCACUAUGUGAUAGUACUUCGACCUAGGAUAUUUCCAUUGUUAGUUUCUGUGAUUCUUAGGUAACGAUAAAUGGCUCAAGGAACGCGGCGUGGUGGGUUGCAAUCAUGACAUUUAAAAAAUCGACGUAUUACUCUAUGGCUCAGUGUAUGUAUUCAGAUGAUCCCUGAUUUGAUGUGAUUCGUGACAAACGUCGACAGUGAAGAUAAUAAAAGACACUAGCCUGGAAAACAAUUAAUCAUUAUGACGCAACAAAGUGGUGCCGGUUCACCCCAGCAAUUUUGCCUACGUUGGAAUAAUUAUCAAACAAAUUUAACCAACGUUUUCGAUCAACUUCUUCAAAGCGAGAGUUUUGUUGAUGUGACACUUGCCUGUGAUGGUCAUUCAGUGAAAGCUCACAAAAUGGUAUUAUCAGCUUGUAGUCCAUAUUUUCAAGCAUUAUUCUUUGAAAAUCCAUGUCAUCAUCCUAUUGUUAUAAUGAAGGACAUCAAGUGGCCAGAACUAAAAGCAGCUGUUGAAUUUAUGUAUAAGGGUGAAAUAAAUGUGUCUCAAGAACAAAUUGGACCAUUAUUAAAAGUAGCUGAGUGUUUAAAAAUACGUGGAUUAGCGGAUGUAAACAAUGAACAUGAAUUGACAUCAAAGCCAAUGCAAGAUGCAAUCUCAUCUUCUUCGUCGACUGGAUCAUCGGUACAUCGGAAGAAGCGUCGCAGAGCUUCGGGUGAGCGAUCACCAAGUGUUGAUAAUAACAGCCCUGAUCAUAAUUCAUGUAUGACUGAGGACCAAGAUGGUUCAGCUGUAAUGAGUGAAGUGCAAAACCUCGUGGCGUCAUCAACACCACGUUCUUUAGGCUCGCCUAAUAUGCCAAGCAUUUCUGUGACACCUCAGAUAAAUUUACAAGAGCUUCCAGUGUCGUUGGCAAUACCACCACCACCGCCACCGCCGGUCAGUCAAAGCUCUCAUCCUGUACCCCACCACGUGCCAGUCCACGUGACAUCCAGUGGCCACCCGUCCGUCAACCACCUCGGUGCCCACGUGGCUCAGCUGUCGGUUCAACAGCAGCAUGCUGUUGUUGCGCAGCAACAGGCACAACAGGCCCACCAACAGGCUCAACAGCAUCAACAAUCUGUAAGCAGUCAAUCUUCUAUUGUUACGGAUGAUCUUGAAAUUAAGCCGGGCAUUGCUGAGAUGAUACGAGAGGAGGAAAGGGCCAAGUUGUUGGAAUCAUCCCACGCUUGGCUCGGUGCCUCCACCUCCAAUAUAUCAGCAGAUAGCUACCAGUAUCAACUACAGUCUCUCUGGCAGAAAUGUUGGAACACAAACUCAGGCCUGGUGCACAAUUUGCGCUUUCGAGAACGUGGACCAUUGAAGUCAUGGAGACCAGAAACUAUGGCUGAGGCGAUCUUUAGUGUUCUAAAAGAAGGACUUUCUUUAAGUCAAGCCGCUAGGAAGUAUGACAUCCCUUAUCCAACGUUUGUUCUUUAUGCGAAUCGAGUACACAAUAUGCUCGGACCCAGUACUGAUGGAGGAGCUGAUCUUCGACCAAAAGGUAGAGGACGACCUCAAAGGAUUCUCCUGGGUGUUUGGCCAGACGAACAUAUCCGGGGUGUGAUCCGAGCAGUGGUAUUUCGUGACGGAUCUAUCGUAAAGGAUGAACCAACCCCAAUAUACCCGAGUCUGGCUAGUUACGCGUGCAACGGGCCGGAGGGCGCGGUGAGCCCUAGUGCCGCUGCGGCUGCUGCGGUUGCCGCGGUCGCCCAAGGUUUACGACAUCAAAUGUGUAAUAUGGUAGCUGCCGCUCAAUCACAUCAACAUGAUAUGGUGGCAACGAAUCUCUCAACAAACUUCCAAACGGCUGUGCAAGUCAAUCAACUUCACCUCAAUAAUAAUAGCAAUCCAAGUAAUAAUAACAGCAGCAGUAAUAAUAGAAAUUCACCGUUAAUGUUGGGCUUACCGAGUCCAGGAUCAGGUGGACCACCAGAGAGUCCGAUGGAAGGUAGUCCAUUAGCAAGUCCACUAGCACCUCUUAUGGAUCCAGCACAUAUACCUAAUAGUGUAGAAGUUGGCAUUGGGAUAGGAGGAAUUGGUGGUAUUGGUGGCAUGACUUAUAAACCUCAACGCAGCUACGUGAGUCCGCGACCCGAAAAUAUCUUCCAGGAAGACAUCGCUGACUUGGUCAAGAGUCCACAUGGGCAUAGAGAUAAAGAUAAAGUACCAGUCAAACUUGAACCACUUACUGACUCUCGUAGUGAGCAGUAAUUAAUGUAAGUUCAGCGAUAAAGUUUGCUAAUCUUACUUCAUUACGCUCAAAGUGAGUAGAACAAGAAAGAGAGAGGAAUAUGAGAGAAAAUCGAAAAGUAAAAGAAAAAAAAAUUGACUAUAAUAUAAUGAUAUUAUUAAAGUCAAUCGGAUAUUUCCACCGAUUGAUAAAAAUUGUAAUGUAGUGAGAAUGGAAAAAAAAAGAUAGCACAAAGAGAGGAAAAGGAAAGAAUUGUAUAAUCAAAAAAAAUGAAUAUAUAAAAAAGUAAUUGUCUCGUCCAAAAUGGGCUCUUUCUUACGUAUCUCACGAAGAGAAAAAAAGAGUAGAAUAUGAGAAAGAGAAUAAAUAUGAUUGAGACUAUAAUUUAAUUUAUUAUUUUAGUCACAUUGUGAACUCAUACGUGCGCCAAAAUUCAGGUGAUAGUGAAUAAUAAAAAAAAAAUAAUGGUUUAGCUUUUGAAGCAUAAGUGAUAGCAAAAAUCGCGUUAACUAAAAUAGCCACCCGUAAUUUAUAUGUACCCAUACGAAUACUAUAUAUGUUAAUGCCAAAUGUAUAAUAGUUGAUUAAGAAUCAAUUGCAUAUUAUUAUAGCCGACAAUUUGAAAAAAUUACUAUCACAGCCUUUUUUGCAAGAUGAAGAGGAAUAAGAGGGAUUUAAUACAUAAUGUGAAACAAAAUAUGAAAUAAUAAUUAACAUACAAGUUAUCAUUGGAGUAACGUAUGUCGAAAUUACUCAUAUAUUAAAUUUAAUUAAUGGACGGACUUGGUGAACUUUUGCAUACAAUGAUGGUAAAUUUAAACGCAAUGGCAUUGCCAGCGAUUUCUAGUCACAACGUUCAUGCAUAUAAGCAUCGGAAUUCGACAUACGCAACUCUGUAGGCAGAAGAGUAAAAUAAAAGAUUUUUAAGAAAUAAAAUAGUAAAAAAAAUGAGAGAAAAAGAUUAAUAUAUUUGUUCUCUCUUUUUUUUUAAAAAAGUUAUUCUUAAAAUGAAAUUUUUCAUAACGCCAGUAUCUCACUCGCUACUUAAAUUGCAGAGGAAAUGUACAAAAUUUGUCACUGUCUUACGUAGAGGAAGGUGAAAUACAAAUAAAAGAGUGGAAAAAAAAUGAAAAUAAAAGUGAAAAGAGCAGCAACUCGAUAUAUAAGUCGAACUGAAAUUUUUUAAAUGUAAUAAUUGCCUUCCUGCCAUAUUUGGGGUAUGCCAAGUAUAAAAAUUAUAAGGUUUAGAUGAUAAAAACAAAAAAAUUAUAAAAAUUGUAGACUGGAUCUUUGAUGACUAUUAAAAUUAAUUUCUCGAUUGUAUAGGUGUGAAUGAAGAAUGUAGAAUGAUGAAAUCAUAAAAAAUUUGACGUGAGUGUAUGAAAAUAGUGUGUGAAUAGUAUUCGGUUCUAAUUGUAUUUGGAUAGAUGGUAACUAUUUUUCAAAAUUGCCUAUAAUGCUGUGCGUUAUUUCGGCCAAGGGACCUUAGGAUUUUCGAUCAAUGGAAUCCAAUUAAUCCAAGGAAAUUUUUGUGCUGUCAGACGGUAUUGUAUUCUGAAAAAUUUGUAGUAAUGUAAAAAAAAAAAUCACAAUUCGAAGUGGCCUUUUAAAAAGAAGAAAAAAAAACAAAAAAAAAAGCAAAAAUUUAAAUGAUACAAAUGUUGAGAACCUUGUUUUUGGCUUUUCCCUUUAUGUCUAGGAAUUGAAAAGAAAGUUCUCGCGCGUCUCGGUCGUUAAAAACUAUUUUCUUGCAUACAUCAUUUUAUAUUCGACGUUGCUCCAGUGGUGAUAAUAAUGAGAUAAAUUCAAAAUUUAUUUUUUUAUCAUUUUUAUUGAGACUUUGACUCGAAUAAUUAAUUUAAUUCAUUUUUAAAUAUUUAUAUUUAUCUAAAAGAAAAAAAAAAUGUAAUAUAAUAAUUUUUAUAAUAAGUAAUUUUAUUGGAUAAACGUCGGAUUAAAAUGUAAGGGAAAAAUAACUACGAUAGAGAUUACAAGAAUACGCUCGGGAAGAUUUUGAUGGAUAAAAAUUCAUUUUAAGAAGCACGGUGGUAAUUAAUAUUAAAAAAGAUAUUCUUGAUAUAAACAUUUUUGUGCUAAAUUUACCAAAAAAAAAAAGUAAUAAAAAUAAAUAAAAAAACAAAUAAACAUUACUAAAUGUAUGAAAGCGACGAGAAUAUCUGUAUUAUAUUUAAAAAAAAAAAGUGCAAAAAGUAAUAACUUACUGGCUAAUAUUUACCGACCUUCUUGACAAAAAAAAAUGAAAAAUCGUAUACGGUAUCCACUCUUCUUAUUUUCGGCAAAAAGUUAAUAAUAAAAUAAAAAUUCGUAUACAGAAUUUUUAAAAUCUAAACUCGAUGUGUUCAAAAGACAAAUUAAUUAAAUAUGUAAACAAAAAAUGUAUUAAGAGAGAAAAAAUGUAGAAGAAAAAAUAACAAAAUUGCGAGACCGAGCGAGCGAGUGUGCGAAAGAUGUGAGAUUGUGGUAGAAAAGAUGUUUGAGAAGAAAUAAAAAUUCAUUAAAUUAAAAUAAUAUAUUUAAAUUUAAAAAUUAAAAAAAAGUAGUAAGUGCCUUCCAAACAAAAAAAAUUUAAGAGUCCCGUAGAUCGUGACCAAUUAGAAGUCAUUCGAAAAUUCAUGUUAAAUAGGAUAUCAAUCCUGAUUAAAAAACAAAAAAAAACACUAUAAUAGAGGAAAUUGAAGAGAAACAAAAUCACAAUAUGCCGUUGAAAAAAAAAAUACUUUGUAUGCAUGUAUGUGUGAUCAGAGUGCAUGACAGUUGAUUAGAAAAGUCAUCAGUCGUGCAAAUGUCGGAUGUCUCAGAUGUUUUGGCGUUUGCUCGUCAUGCGUGACUCUGAAGAAACAAUAAUUAAAUUCCGUUUGGAUCGAUCCACACCGGUAAUACCCUGAAUGGCAUGUCUGUAGGAAGUUCAAUUUUUAGUUGUCAUAUAGUUCGGGGGGAUGAAAAUUAAAUUUAAAAAGCGAGAAUUCGGAAUAGAAAUAAAAUAAUAAUAAUUAAUAGUAAUAAUUAAUAACUAAUAAUAAUAAUGAUAGUAAUAAUUACUAUAAUAUUACUAAUAAUAAUGAAAAAUCAUAAGAAUCCUUCGUUUCCACAUUUUGAUAUAACUAUAAACAAAAAAGAAAGAUACCUAUAUUACAUACUAAAAAAAAGAAGUAAGUGACACAAAAAAAAAGUAUGUAGCAAUGCUGAUAAUGAUAUAGUACAUGAAAUAAAUAUAUAAAGGAUAUAUAUUAUAUAUAAAUUGAUAAAUGUAUGUCGAUACAAUUUUCUGCUGAGUGAAUUUACAGAGAACGUAAUAACAAUCAGAAUACUUUUUUGGUUUUUCUUGGUAAAAAAAAUAAAAACUUUCUCUAUAAAUAUAUCACAAAACGUUGCAAACAAUUAAAUAUCGAUAGUAAAAAAAAAUUUUUAGCAUUUCGAAAAAUAAUAACAAUAAAUAAUAAUAAUAAUAAUAGUUAUAAUAAAACUAAUAAUAAAGGGAAAAAACAAUAAAUUGAUAAAACACAGAGUACGACUAAACAUCAAAGAUUAUGAAUUAAAAAUUAUACGUUGUAAAUUAAUACCACAAUAACUGGCCUUGUGACUUGACCUCGCGAUGAACUUCUAUACAUUAUAACUUUUACUCAAA